CCCCUCGAGCAUAAUAUUAUCAACUAAUGAAGAACUAAUUCAAAAAAACUGAUGGAGGUUUUAAAUGAUACAAAACGAAAAAUACAAAAGCAUAAAUUAUUUUACAAAAAUUAAUUAGGUAGAAUAUAUCAUAGAUCGCGAAAAGAAAUGUCAGCUGUAAUCGUAACCGCAAAAAUACCUCAGAACGCAGUAUUCUUUGCUGGAGAGAAAUUUCGUUGUGAGAUUACUUUUAGUUGUCAGCCUUCUAAUGUAGAUAAUCUUUCCUCAGAAGAUAAAUCGCAAGUCACUUCAACCAAAAACGGAUAUUUGAACCAUGUAAGAACUGUAAGUGAAUCAAAGUCACACGGAAAAAAACCUUCGAUAAAACAUAUACCAAAUGGAAAUCCUUUGUCUGCUAUUGUCGAAAAUCCGUCCAUUCAUAAUAGUCUUGCAGGAGAUUUAGCUGGAAGUAGUGGUGAUUCUCAGCCUUCCUCAAUUCCCCAAUCGACCGUUCAAAAUUCGUCAUCACAAUCACAUCCAGGACAUACGGAGGAACACGAUUUAGAACAUGUAGAGAAAAUCGAUGACAAGUCUACUUUAACCUCUGAACCUGUACAUAUUACGGAUGAGGAAACGGAUGAUGAUGGUGGAUUGAUUGAUUUACAACAAGCAGGUGUUAUCGAUAAUAUUUCUAUUAGUGAUUUAGAUACAUCUGAAUCAACAACUCCAAGAAGUUCGGUAGAUUUUUAUGGUAUUGGACAUUCCGAAAGAGGAAGUAAUACUUGGAGUGAACCGUUAACUGAUUAUAAAAAACAUAGUUCUAGUAGAAGAUCUUCCUCAGCAACACGAUGCAGUUCUUCACCUUCUCUCAGUCAAAAAUAUGAAACAUUGUUAUGGGGUUUUGUUCAAAUAGUAGGACAUUUUAUAAUAGAUAAUUCGUUAGUAAAAUCUAUCGAAUUUGAGCCAUUGAAAACAAAAACAAUGUAUCGACCAGCCAGUGGGACUGGAGCUGGAGGUGCUGUUGGUGGUGGAACUUUGGGAAUUUUUUCCACUAGUACUUUAAGUCAUUCAAGUUUAGCUGACCUACAAGAACGUGCAGAUAGUAAAUCGAUACCGGUAUUUUCGACUCCUCCUUCAAUUUUAUUUUGUGAUUUACAUUUGGCACCUGGUGAAUUACGAACAUAUACAUAUGAGACUAGAUUACCCAAUGAUUUACCACCAUCACAUAGGGGUAAAGCUAUUCGAUUUUUAUAUUACUUAAUAAUUGGAACUCAUCGAGGAGGGAUGAAUCAUCAAUCAAAUGUAGUACAGAUGCCUUUUCGCGUAUUUAACUACGUUUCAGAUGAUGGUUCACGACCUAUAUAUGACUUGAUGAAUCCUGUAGUAAUUUAUAAAGAUGAAGCCAUCAUAACAUGUAAAGAAGAAGCUCCAAAGCCGAAACCGACAAAGAAAAGAGAUAAUAAGAAGGAAGAAUUUUUGGAUUACUUGGAAAAAUUGGUUCAAAGCUCUGAAUAUGAGAUAUCAUCAAUUACUGAUGAAAAUGAUGAUGGAAAAGAUAGUGAUACAUAUGUUUUCGUAGAAAAAGAAGAAAAUUCUGUAGCAAAUACGGCAACAAUUUUAUCAAAAAAUAUGCGUAAAGCGAAUUUUGAUAUUUGUAAAAAUAAUCAACGUGUGGCGCAAUUAUGUCUUUUAAAAACUUCUUAUCGACUUGGAGAUAUCGUUACAGGAACUAUAAAUUUUAAUGAUGCCGUUAUACCCAGUUAUCAGGUAUCAAUAACGUUAGAAAGUAGUGAAAUUGUUGAACCAUCUAUCGCGAAUCGUCCACAACAACAAAUUGCUCGAGUGACACGGAAAAUUCAUGGAGAGCAUCAUGAAUUUUGUCUUAAUGCAGGACGUAUUGGUUUUGCAAUAUCAAUACCUACAAGUGGUACACCGGACUUUCAAACGACCGGCGUAAAACUUCAGUGGUGUUUAAGAUUAGAAUUCAUCACUGGACCCAAAGGUCAAUCACCCUUAAUGCCACUUAAUGCAGAUGAACGGCAUCAAUAUUAUCAAGCCAUUGAUAAUAUAAAUGUUGAAACAUUUGACUGCUCUGUUCCUAUAAAAGUUUAUCCAACAUCAUAUACUUCAGCACGUAUAUUUCCUUCUAAUCAUGUUUUUCGUGUAACAUAAUUUUUUUGUAUUUUUAAAUUGUUAUUUAUUUAUUUUAUUUUAUUUUAUUUUAUUUUAUUUUUUUU